UGCUGCUGGGUUCGAAUGACUAGUUGACAGAGUGAGGUUAUGUGAGCCGGUUAUUGAGUUUUUGUGGCUUUUCCUGGACAAUUUCACCGGCAAUUUAGAUGAGAAUCCGUCGUCCUCGUGGUAUUCCCAACUGGCAAUUGAUGCUAACCGUAGCUGUUGGAAUUUUCGGUGGCAUUUACAUUUACAAACCAUUGUUCCUCAAGUACAGACAAGAAAGAUCUCCACCUUCCAUCACUUCCGGAACUCCUGCAAUUGCAGCCUCCACAGUCACUGACACCACCGGAAAUCCUUGUCCUGAUGGCUACAAUUCCGUAAACAGUGAGAAAAUGCCACCAAAAAAUCCCAGGUCUGCUUUUUUGCCCAUUGCGGCUGUAACAUGCUUCACAGGGCUCAUCUGGUCAACGUACAAGCUCUGGUAUCAGCCUCAUAUGCAUCAGAAGCGUCUACAGGAGGCGGAAGAGUACGCCGAGUUCAUCUUUCGGCGCGAACAGGCAGCCAGAACUCAGUCAAAUGAAUAAUUUUGUAGAGAAGUCUCAUAAAAUAGACAUUGGAUUUAA